UGGAGAUACACUACGAUAACACAAUGUGCAUCCCUGAACCAUAGGAGCAGCCCACAUAUUCGUUAUUAUUAAAAAACAAUUGUAUUUCUCUGGAGCUGUGGGACAGUAAUAGGCGUUAGACCAGAGGACAUCGUGCACUAACGACAAGCCGGAUAGUAGCCUACCUGACCAUGUUUGCUCAGGCAGCUUUUGUUUGGCUGUGCGUCACUCUCCUGUUGUCAAAAACCGCCGCCCGGUAUGAAGCGAACUGGGCCAGUUUGGAUGCUAGGCCGUUACCGUCGUGGUACGACGAAGCGAAGUUUGGGAUCUUUGUACACUGGGGAGUGUUCUCGGUACCAGGGUUCGGCAGCGAGUGGUUCUGGUGGCACUGGGAAGGACAACCAACGGACCCGAAGUAUGUUGACUACAUGAAACAGAACUAUCCUCCAGGGUUCACCUAUGCCGAGUUUGCGCCCCAGUUCCAAGCCCAGUUCUUUGACCCGGAGGAAUGGGCCGAUAUAUUUCAAUCUUCCGGUGCCAAGUACGUGGUUCUAACCGCCAAACAUCACGAGGGCUUCACAAACUGGCAGUCUCCAUACUCGUGGAAUUGGAAUUCCGUCGACACCGGGCCACACCGAGACCUUGUCGGUGACUUGGGAGAGGCAGUACGCAACAGGUCGUUGCACUACGGACUCUACAAUUCACUGUUUGAAUGGUUUCAUCCCCUAUACCUGGCAGACAAAGCGAAUGGCUUCAAAACUCAAGACUUUGUUUUCCAUAAGCUGCUGCCAGAGCUUUACAACAUGGUUAUAAGGUACCAGCCGGAGCUGAUCUGGUCUGAUGGUGACUGGGAGGCCCCUGACACCUACUGGAACUCCACACACUUCCUGGCCUGGCUCUACAACGACAGCCCUGUAAAGGACACCAUUGUGACCAAUGACAGGUGGGGGGCGGGCUGCUCCUGCAAACAUGGCGGCUACUAUAACUGUGCAGACAAGUACACGCCAGGAGUCCUGCCCAAUCACAAGUGGGAGAAGUGCACGUCUGUGGACACCGCCUCCUGGGGUUACCGUAGAAACAUGAAGAUGUUUGAGCUGAUGGACCUGCCUAGUAUUAUACAGGACCUGGUGACCACGGUUGCCCUGGGAGGUAACUACCUGCUGAACGUGGGCCCCACCCCAGACGGGAUGCUGCCCCCCCUGUUUGAGGAGAGGCUGAGGGGCAUGGGGGCCUGGCUGGGGGUCAACGGGGACGCCAUCUACGGCUCCCAACCCUGGAGGGUGCAGAUGGAGAACACCUCCCUGCCAAUCUGGUAUACUUCUAAAGGGACCAGUGUGUAUGCCUUUCUUCUCACCAAGCCUCCGACAGCAACACUCAAGCUGUCUGCACCCCUGACCAGCGAGACCACCACAGUGACCCUGCAGGGCCAGGGCCUGAGCUGGGCUCCCCUGCUCCCCUCGGGCCUCAUCGUGUUGCUGCCUGAGCUACCCUUCACCCCCGGCCAGGCCUGGAUGCUGCGGCUGGAUAGUGUGCAGUAGAUCCACCUGGAGGCUGCAGCACCAGCGUCUGGUACUGCUGCCUCAGUCAGACUGACCUGAUGAUGGGGUACCAGCAACUAGGACGACAGUCUGGUGGCUGUGCAGGUGUGAGAGUCCUCACAUGCUCACAGGGAUCAAACAAGGAUCACAUUUGUCAGUAGUUUAAUUGUACUGCGAUGCUCUGAAUGAGUCAGAUUCAUAUUUUUAUGACUUUGUCACUCUCCCUAGUCCUUUUUGAAAAGCCUUUGAUUGUUAAUUGCGAUGUUUUAAUCAGCCGAUGGUUGUUUUAAUCAGAAGAUGGUUGUUUUAAUCAGAAGAUGGUUGUUUUAAUCAGAGGAUGGGUGUGAAUGAAGGUUUUAGGUUUAGUGGUGUUCUCACAGGCUUCACUUUAUCUUUCACUUCUCUGUGGGCAAAAUUGGGUUUUAAAAUGUUUUUGCAUAAAGAAAUUAUAUAUUAUAUUUGACAAUUUUUUAAAAUAUUUACAAUAAAAAAAAAACAUUUUUCAGUAA